AUGGCGGAAACAAUUUCAGAGCCCUUCUUUAAGGGAAGCACAGGAAGGAGUUCAAGAGGACUUCUUCGAUUGAUAAUUUUGUGCUUAAUUGCAGCUGCAGCUGUAGCGUCUAGAUUGUUCUCCGUGAUCCGCUUUGAGAGUAUCAUUCACGAAUUCGAUCCCUGGUUCAAUUUCAGAGCGACCAAAUACUUGGUACAACAUGGCUUCUACGACUUUUGGGAUUGGUUUGACGACCGGACGUGGCAUCCAUUGGGACGAGUUACUGGAGGAACACUAUACCCGGGAUUGAUGGUGACCAGUGGUGCCAUUUACCACGCGCUCCGAGCUCUCACGAUUCCAGUCGAUAUCCGAAAUAUUUGUGUGCUGCUUGCACCUGGAUUCUCCGGACUUACUGCUUUCGCAACAUACCUCUUCACGAACGAGAUGUCAACUUCUCCUUCCGCUGGCCUUCUCGCCGCUAUCUUCAUGGGAAUUGCCCCAGGUUACAUCUCGAGAUCAGUUGCUGGCAGCUACGAUAACGAGGCAAUUGCUAUUUUCCUUCUCGUAUUCACGUUCUACCUCUGGAUUAAGGCAUUGAAGGUUGGCUCUGCAUACUGGGGUGCCCUCUGUGCACUUUUCUACGGAUACAUGGUGUCAGCUUGGGGAGGAUACGUCUUCAUUACCAAUUUGAUUCCAUUACACGUAUUCGUGCUUGUAUGCAUGGGCCGAUUCAGUCCAAGGUUGUACGUGAGCUACUGCUCCUGGUACGCUCUUGGCACGUUGGCAAGCAUGCAAAUUCCUUUUGUAGGCUUCUUGCCAAUUCGCAGUAGUGAACAUAUGUCCGCUUUAGGUGUUUUCGGCCUUCUCCAAUUAGUUGGAUUUGUUGAGUUUGUCCGCUCUGGAGUGCCAAGCAAGCAGUUCGCAACCCUACUUAGAGGCUUCGUACUUGCAGUAUUUGUUAUUGCUUUCGGAGGUCUGGUUCUCUUGACAGUUGGUGGCGUUAUUGCUCCAUGGACUGGUCGUUUCUACUCUCUCUGGGAUACCGGAUACGCCAAGAUUCACAUUCCUAUUAUCGCCUCCGUGUCUGAGCAUCAGCCAACCGCAUGGCCUGCAUUUUUCUUCGACUUGAAUCUGCUCAUCUGGCUCUUCCCAGCGGGUGUCUACCUCUGCUUUCAGAAGCUCGCCGAUGAGCAGGUUUUCAUUGUUGUAUACUCCAUCCUCGCCAGUUACUUCUCCGGUGUCAUGGUUCGACUUAUGCUCACACUCACACCAAUCGUUUGUGUAUCUGCUGCUCUUGCAUUGUCCAGCCUCUUGGAUACUUACUUGACAAUUCGAUCCCCAGAGGCACCUGUCGAAGGCGCUCCAGAUGCAACCGCCAAUGGAAAGUCUGCCAAGGGUGGCCUUCGCUCCAUGCGUCAGCCACUUGUCGGCAUCUACACCACGUUCUCCAAGGGAACUGUUGUUGGAGCUUUGACUUCAUACCUCUUGAUCUUCGUUAUGCACUGCACCUGGGUCACUUCUAACGCAUACUCUUCUCCAUCAGUCGUGUUGGCAAGCAGAAUGCCCGACGGAAGCCAACACAUCAUUGAUGAUUAUAGAGAGGCAUACCAAUGGCUCCGCCAAAACACCGCCGAGGACGCCAAGAUCAUGUCAUGGUGGGAUUAUGGUUACCAAAUUGGUGGUAUGGCUGAUCGUCCAACUCUUGUUGACAACAACACCUGGAACAACACGCACAUUGCGACCGUUGGAAAGGCCAUGAGCUCUCGCGAAGAAGUCAGCUACCCUAUCAUGCGCCAACACGAGGUUGACUACGUUCUUGUCAUCUUCGGAGGUCUUCUUGGCUACUCUGGAGAUGAUAUCAACAAGUUCUUGUGGAUGGUGAGAAUUGCCGAGGGAAUCUGGCCCGAUGAGGUCAAGGAGCGUGACUUCUUCACCGAUAGAGGAGAAUACAGAGUCGAUGAUGGUGCUACUGAGACCAUGAAGAACAGCUUGAUGUACAAGAUGUCAUACUACAAUUACAAUACCCUUUUCCCACCCGGACAAGCACAAGACCGUGUCCGUGGUGUUAAGCUCCCAGAUGUUGGACCAACGUUGAACACUGUAGAGGAGGCAUUCACCAGCGAGAACUGGAUCGUCCGUAUUUACAAGGUCAAAGACCUUGACAACGUCGGCAGAGAUCAUGCCUCAGUUGCGUCAUUCGAGAGGGGGAAUAAGAAGAAGAAGACGAUCAAGAAGAGAGGUCCGAAAGUCUUGAGGGUUGAGUAA